CUCCGUUGGGGACCCGGCCGGGCAAGGCCCGGGCCCUGCUCUGUGUCUUGCAAGCCCACCGCGAAGCCCGCCGACGUUAGCGGCAUCACUCCAGGCGGCACAGGCCCUGGGUCUCGGCCGCUGCCGCCUGGACGCGCGGCCGGCUUCGAGGCGGUUGUUCUCUCCCCUCGCCCCACCCUCUCUCUCCCCCUUCACGGAAACGACAGCUGCGGCGGCGGGGCUGGCGCCGCCUACCUCCACCUACCACGUCUGCCCCCGCCACUCUCGCCCGGCGCCCCAGCCCGGCCGCGGCGCCUCCGUCUCCCCGCUAGGUCAGCCGGCUGCUCCGCCCGGCUGACGCCCAGGAUGAACAUCAUGGACUUCAACGUGAAGAAGCUGGCGGCCGACGCAGGCACCUUCCUCAGUCGUGCAGUGCAGUUCACAGAAGAAAAACUUGGCCAGGCAGAGAAGACAGAAUUGGAUGCUCACUUAGAGAACCUCCUUAGCAAAGCUGAAUGUACCAAAAUAUGGACAGAAAAAAUAAUGAAACAAACUGAAGUGUUAUUGCAGCCAAAUCCAAAUGCCAGGAUAGAAGAAUUUGUUUAUGAAAAACUGGAUAGAAAAGCUCCAAGUCGUAUAAACAACCCAGAACUUUUGGGACAAUAUAUGAUUGAUGCAGGGACUGAGUUUGGCCCUGGAACAGCAUAUGGUAACGCCCUUAUUAAAUGUGGAGAAACACAAAAACGAAUUGGAACAGCAGACAGAGAGCUGAUUCAAACAUCAGCCUUAAAUUUUCUCACUCCGUUAAGAAACUUUAUAGAAGGCGAUUACAAAACAAUUGCUAAAGAAAGGAAACUAUUACAAAAUAAGAGACUGGAUUUGGAUGCUGCAAAAACAAGACUGAAAAAAGCAAAAGCCGCGGAAACUAGAGCAUCACAACUAAACUCAGCACGCCUUGAAGGAGAUAACAUUAUGGUAAAUUUCUCUUACAUGCUCAACCUCCUGCAUGUAAAAUGGCUGAAGUCUGAACAGGAAUUAAGAAUAACUCAAAGUGAAUUUGAUCGUCAGGCAGAGAUUACCAGACUUCUGCUGGAGGGAAUCAGCAGUACACACGCCCAUCACCUUCGCUGUCUGAAUGACUUUGUAGAAGCCCAGAUGACUUACUACGCACAGUGUUACCAAUACAUGUUAGACCUUCAAAAACAACUGGGAAGUUUUCCAUCCAAUUAUCAUUCUAACAACAACCAGACUUCUGUGGCACCUAUACCAUCUGCUUCAUCAAAUGUGAUUGGUUCCUCUGCCUUGACUUCAACAAGUAGCCUAGUAAUCACCUCUCCUUCCAACCUCACUGACCUGAAGGAGUGCAGUGGCAGCCGGAAGGCCAGGGUUCUCUAUGAUUAUGAUGCUGCAAACAGUACUGAAUUAUCACUUCUGGCAGAUGAGGUAAUCACUGUUUUCAGUGUCGUUGGAAUGGAUUCAGACUGGCUAAUGGGUGAAAGGGGAAACCAGAAGGGCAGGGUGCCAAUUACCUACUUAGAACUGCUCAAUUAAAUAGGUGGACUAUUGAAAGAUACCAUAUUUAUAUACAGUUAACUCUUAAUAAAGCAGGUUUAAGUAUCUUUCAUGUUAAUGUCUUAAAAAACUGAAAAGAAAAUACCAGCCAUCAGAAACUGGCCUUUCUGCCAAUAAAAUCGCAUGGUGAAUAUUUCAUUACAAAAGUUAUGUUAGAGCUUUCAUGCCAAGAAUGUUUUGUUACAAAAUUCUCUUUCUACUGAGGUUUCACUAAUACGUAGCUUCUACUUUUGAGCCCCAAGUUAAAGCAGAAGAACUGUUUUCUACUGGAUUUUUCAUUAAUGGCAAGCUUUUUCUUUUAUGUAAAAUAAAUUUAUUGUGAAUUGGUAUCAGUGACUCAUUUAUUAGGUAUAAUUAAUAACCAAAGAAUAAAGUUAAAAUUUGUUUUUAACUUGGUUUAAAAAGAGCUCUAGGAUAUAAACCUCUUUUGUGAAAAAUGUUUCUGAAUGUUUUCAUAAACAAAAUUUAGUUACACCAUGUUUACCUUAUUUUCCAGCAGUCAUUGAAUGAUGACAGUAUUCUAUUUCAGUGAGCUAUUUUGAGGGCUUUUUAUUAAACACUACUGAAUGAUUUCUUCUAAGAAUAACUAGUCCUCAAGAAGUAUUACCAUAUUUCUCUAAUACAUUUGCAGUUAAGAUUCUAAAUCAUCUGGGACAAACUCAGUUCACUGAACCAAUGUUUCUAAGAUUGUUCAGUUGGCACCAUUUAAUCCAUAAUCAGAAUUGGAUGUGUUAAGAUGUUAUAGUACAGUAAAGAGAAUUUGUUCUUAUUCAACAAGAAAUCCUUAUAAAAAUAUGGAUUUGCACAGCUGUGUUUGUUAUAGAGUAAAUUGUAUGCAAACAGUGUACUUUUGGUUACUUUAAGCCUACAAAUAAAAUUUUAAAAAUUUACUAAUGAACUUAGGUUAUCCUGAUCAGGCUCUCUAGUUCACACACUAAUGAAACAAUUAGUAAUAUACUUGGAAUCAGAAAAUUGCUGUGUGGGCUAUUGCUAGGAAUCAGCAGAUUGUUACCAUGUCAGGACUUCUGCUCUCAUUUUCAUUCAUUCAUCAAACAUUUGUUGGGUGCUAGGCACUAUGCUGAUCAGCUUGGAAUACGAUCCUGACCAAGAUGCACUAAGUUCUUCCCCUUACAGAUCUUAAAGACUGGUAGAGGAUACAGAAAAAUAAGUAAGCAAUGGUCAUAUAACAGAGUCAAUGUCAUGAUAGAAGGAAAAUGUGAUACUUUGGAGCUUUGGGAGUCACCUCGUUCAAAUUUGGGUAGUGGAGAUGGUUUGGAGAGGAAGUGUUCCAGACAGAGGAAAAAGUUACGCCAGGCCUGGAGCUGAGAGAACGUAGCACAUUCUGUCAGCUCAGAGUGGUUCAAUCUGGCUUACACGUUAAGUAUAAAGGUGUAGUUAAUUUCUUUAGGAAAUGUUAAUGUGUCAAAAUUACAUGUUUAGGUACUUUGAAAAAUGAAUAUUAAGCACAAAAGAUGUUUUAAAAUGGUGUUUAAGAGUUCUUGAGAGCUUGGUGAACAUGUUUAUAAUUCAGUUUACAGUUCAAAUUUUAACAGUAGUUGUUACGUUUCUAUUCUGAGACAAAUUUCUCUGCAGUUUUAUAGUUGUGAAAGAUGAUUUGAUUCACCCUGUGAAUUUCCAUACUGUUAAUCCCCAGAGCUGCUCACACUGGUUAGUUAGCCAUAAAACCACUUGGGUGAAGCUUUUUCCCCCCAGAAAGGAAGCUCAACGGCCAACCCAGAGCACCAUCUAUUAUGUAAAUCCAGAUUUAGGCUUUUAGAAGAUCAUACAAAAAGAUCAGGUCAGCUUUAAUAGCAACUGUAAAUUAGGCUUAUGGGAAGUAGAGUAGUAAAAGGGAAAGAAUAUGAGUAGUGGAGUGAAAUUGUCCUGGGUUCAAAUCCAGUCUUCUUCACAUACUGUGCUCUUUGAGCUUCAGCUCAGAUGUCAUGUAAACUGCCAUUUCCUUGGUAGUAAAAUGGGGAUAAUAAUUAUGUCACCUUAAGGUUAUUGUGAGGAUUUUAUAGCAAAAAAAAAAAGUUUUAAAAAUAGUAAUAAAAUAUCUAUAAAACCUAUACCUGUAGAUUUUAUAACUAUCUUGUAUGUUAGAUAACUUGGGGGAAAAAGCUUGGCACACUGUAGAAAUGUGCUGUAAAAAUUUUUCCCCUUGUUAGCUUCUGUAGCUUCCUGACUGUUGGCCUUGUUUACAACUGUGAAUCAGAGAUUCAUCUUCUUUGUCCAUGCUCUGUUCUAUUCCUUAUUGAUUGUAUCUUGCACCCUCUUUAAAUCAGAUCAAGAUCUAGGUUUAACCUCGCCACAGUCAGUGUACAUUUUUAUCAGAACCUUCUGCUUUCCAUCAAAUGAAUGUUGCUUAUUGUAACCCAAUAAUGUACAGUAGCCUUCAAUAAUGUUAAGAGUUCAAAGGUUUUUUUUGUGCCUUUGUCCACCACAAAUCCAGCACAAUAUGUAAAUUUAUUUUUAUGUUUAUUGUUUUUUAGUUUAGUGGAGUUUUGUUUGGUUCUUUGGAGUCUUUUGGAUUUAUUUUGGUUUGGGCUUAUUUUAUAAGGUCAUAGGUUUAAUUUUUACUCAGGUAAAGGUCUGUAGGUUCUUAGGCAUGGAACAAAACCUUGGGAAGCCUAUUAAUUCAUGGUGCAAUUUAGAAUUACUUAAAUAAUCUCUGUGGCCCUGAGCUUAAUCUAAAGAUACAGUAAUGUGAAGGAUGCAUAUAUGAAUGAAAUAGUAAACUUGGAAAUAAUCGUAGGCUCUUUUUACAAACAGAAGUAACUGAUUAUCUCUUUUAUUUGUCCUGAAGGUAAUUAACAAAAAAGGUCAUUGCAUUAAAUUGUUUUUGUGGUGCUGAUCAGAAGAAUUCAUAUUGCAGGAGACUAGGUCUCAGAAAUGGGAAUGUGCCUCACUCUGAAUAAUGUGAGAAAUAGGAAACCUGAGGCCAGGGUCGCUAGUGGGUUGGAGUUCAUCCUCAUAGUCUGCUGUUCUCCACCAGAACAAAGGAGCAGGAUGUAAACGGAGGAGCUGGUCUUGGGAGGACAUGGAGAAGAUGAAAGAGCACAGGUCUAAAAGCAGCAGCUUUGUUUACCCAGGAAGGUCCAGCUUGCCUCCAUGCUUUUUUUAAAUGAUUCCUUAAAAAUAUCUUCCCUAGCUCCCAAACACCUGAAAGUUUGAAAUAUGUUUCCGUAUUAUGUAGCACUUCAGGUCUGAGUGAGAAGCCUUAAUAAUAGGAGGCUCUGCAAUGUGACCUACAGCCAGCUUUACCUCAGGGGCUUCCCAGGUGGCGCUAGUGGUAAAGAACCUGCCUGCCAGUGCAGGAGACAUCAGAGGCAAGGGUUCGAUCCCCAGGCUGGACGAUCCUUUAGAGGAGGGCACGGUAACCCACUCCAGUACUCUUGCCUGGAGAAUCGCAUGGACGGAAGAGCCUGGCAAGCUACAUUCCAUAUGGUUGCAAUGAGUCGGACACAACUGUAGCGACUUAGCACCGCACAACUUUGCCUCAACCCCUUCUCCAGAUGGCUAAGUGACCCUUACCUCGUGGUGAGACUGAAGUGGGGGUGUGGUAUUUGUCCACAGCACACAUGCCCUUUCUCCCACAUCCUAAUGGGAAACUGCUCAGUAGGGAAGUGGUUCCCAGUGUGAGACUCCCCAGGACAGGCAAUAUCAGCAUCACCGAGGAACUUGCUAAAAAUGUUAAUUUGUAUGUCCAAGUACCUUUUUUGGUACAUGUUGUCUUCAAGGGGCUAUAAAACUAGUCUUAGUUCUCCCAUGUAACAUUUUUAAAUACAUUUCAAGACAAAAACUGAAUUCUGAUCUUUACUGUGUUCUAGUACUAAUUGUAAUUAGUUACUUUAAAUUAUUUGUUUAGUAUGUAUGUAUCUGUCACUCUGGAAUGUAGGCUCCUGAGAUUGAGACUGUUAAUUCUUUGGAUCACAGUUAAAUUCCCAACUCUCAGCAUGAGACCUGGCACAGAGUAUAUACUCAAUAUUUGUCAAAGAAAGAAAAAAAUGCAACUCUUAAGCCUUAUCCAAGUUCCACUGAAACCAACUCUGGGAGUAGGACCCAGCAUUCUGUCUUUACAGGCCGUUUAGGUGAUUACCCUCCUAAGUUUGAGACUGGCUUGAGUAGAAUAAAGAUAAUGUGCCUUUUACCUUCAGGCCUGCUAUCUGACAUCACUUGAAAAUUCUCCCUGCCUUUUGUAUACCAACAACGUUUAUCUCAAGUGUAGAGGAGCCUUGCUCUGGGCUGCAUUACAAGUGGGUGUGAAGGUAUAAGGUAUCCUUCCUAUAAGAAAGGACAGUACUACUUAGAAUGCCUGUACUUGAUUAAUGUGAAGGGUUUCUAGGGAUGGAUGUGUUUGUCUGAAGAAGGGUAAGCAUUACCACCACCCACAUUUCCACUCUGCACUGUCACAGUUUGACGUCAUUAAAGUCAUAUCAGACUAACAUGACCAUCCUGGUGCUCGGGCUGCUAAGCUCUGCUCUCUGUAUUUUAAAGGAGACCUUCUAAGAAUUGCAAGUGCUUUUUUAAAAAAUACAAGUCAUAAGUGCAUUGAUAAAAAAGGAGGGAAAAAAGGAUAUAAAGAUAAAAAUCACAAUUCCACCAUCCAGGGAGCGCUACUGUUACCUAGGUGUAUAGACUUAGAGAUUCUUCUCUGCUUUUGUAGGUUUUUAAAAAUGGGAUCAAGUUGUACAUACUGUUUUGUAACUUUUUUUUCACUUGACGGUGCCAUGACUAUCUUGCCGUGUCAGAAUGUGUUUCUAUAUCUUUCUUAAUGGCUGCAUGGUGUUUCAUCCCCUGUGCCACAUUUUGUUAAACUGCUGUUCUUAGGGUGUUUCCAAUUUUUCACUAAUAAACUGCUUUCAAGGA